CUCUUUUCAGAAACUUACCUAAACUCCAUCUCCUCCCUUUCUCCUUUAAAACCUCCCACACACUUUUUCCCUCUCUUUUAACAAAAUCAAACCCAUUUCUCAUCCAAAACCCUUUGUGUUGUUCACUUGCAUUUUCCCUUCUCUCUUUUCUUUUUUUUUUUUCUUUUUUUUUUCUUCUUCUUUCUUCCUUUCUUCUUUCUUUUUUUUUUUUUUCUUUCCUCCCAAGUUAUGGAAACUUUGACUCUCAAACCUUUCUCCGUCAUGCCAAGCAUUAAAUGCGGUUGGCGGUCUUUGUCCACGUUGUCGAAGGUCAGCAUGCGUGUGGUUGCAUGUAGUGGUGCGUUGAAGCCUUCGAUCUCGACGGAGAGGGUUUCGUCGUCGUCGGUGGUGGUACGGGCAGCGGAGAGCGUGGUUUUGGCCCCACCCAACGGCAAAAGCGACGAAAUUGCUGUCAAGAGUUUGGUUCCUUACGUGGACAUGGAUGAGGAUGGAGGGAUUGGCAUCGUCAAAUUCCUUAGAGGGAAAGUUUUUUUCAUCACUGGUGCCACUGGUUUUCUUGGAAAAGUUCUUAUAGAGAAGAUAUUGAGGACAGCACCAGAUGUGGGUAAAAUUUAUGUUUUGAUUAAGGCUAAAGAUGAGGAAGCUGCAGCAGAGAGGUUGAAAAAUGAUAUUAUAAAUACUCAACUUUUCAAAUGUCUAAGACAAAUUCAUGGGAAAUACUACAUGUCGUUUAUGAUGAGCAAGCUGAUUCCUGUUGUGGGGAAUGUGUGUGAAUCAGAUGUGGGACUACAUGUCGACUUUUCUCAUUUGAUUGCAAACGAUGUUGAUGUUAUUGUCAACUCCGCCGCCAAUACAACUUUUGAUGAAAGAUACGAUGUUGCUAUUGACAUUAACACAAAGGGACCAUCUAACCUCAUGGAAUUUGCUAAAAAAUGCUCAAAACUAAAGUUGUUCUUGCAAAUUUCAACAGCAUAUGUGAAUGGACAAAGGCAAGGGAGAAUAAUGGAAAAGCCAUUUUGCAAGGAGUUGGAUGUUGAGAGUGAAAUGAAGUUGGCUUUUGAAGAUAAUGGCAUGGGCCAAAACAUGAAAGAAUUGGGCCUUCAAAGAGCAAAAAGAUAUGGAUGGCAAGACACAUAUGUAUUUACAAAGGCAAUGGGAGAAAUGGUCAUUGAUGAAAUGAGAGGAGAAGUACCUGUUGCUAUAAUAAGGCCAAGUGUCAUUGAAAGCACUUUCAAAGACCCAUUCCCUGGUUGGAUGGAAGGAAAUAGGAUGAUGGAUCCUAUAGUUUUGUACUAUGGGAAAGGGCAACUCACUGGCUUUUUGGUGGAUCCUAAUGGUGUCAUUGAUGUUGUGCCAGCAGACAUGGUGGUGAAUGCAACAUUAGCAGCAAUGGCAAGGCAUGGAAGAGCUCCAAGGCCAAGCAUGAACAUCUACCACGUCGCCUCCUCCGUUGCCAAUCCUUUAGUUUUUCACCGCCUCGCCGACCUCCUCCACCAGCAUUACGACUCUUCACCCUGCCUCGAUGUUGACGGUACCCCUAUCCGUGUCCCCUCCAUGAAGCUCUUCGACUCUGUCGAUGACUUCUCCAAUCACCUUUGGCAGGACGCCGCCCGACGUUGCGCAUCCACACCCGACGGGAAGCUAUCCAAGAAGCUUGAAGCUAUUUGCAAAAAGACGGUGGAGCAACUAAAGCACUUGGCUGAUAUUUACCAGCCUUAUACCUUCUUCAACGGAAGAUUUGACAACAGCAAUGUUCAAGGACUGAUGGAGAUUAUGAGUGAAGAAGAGAAGAGAGAAUUUGGAUUUGACGUGGAGAGCAUUGAUUGGAAGGAUUACAUUACCAAUGUCCAUAUUCCUGGUUUAAGGAGGCAUGUCAUGAAGGGCAAAAGAGGAUUUAAUUAAUUAAUGUGUACCUAAAAUAUUCCCCGAAUUGCCUAACAUAUAUAUAUAUAUAUAUAUAUAAAAUCAAUAACCUGUAAUAAGAAUACUGUCUCUUUGGGUUGUUUUUUUCUUCUUUUUUCAUUUAAUAAGUAAUUCUGGGGUCAUACCAAGUUUUUUGACCCUUUCACUUUCUUUGUAAUUAAUGAAUGUGUUUUUCUAUGGAAAAAUUUGUUGCUUGAUUGUUGAAUGAA